ACGUUACUCGCAAUUAUCCACCAUCUGACACAGCAACCCUAUAGUUAUUACCCCAGCAUCAAAGCAAUCUCUGCAGAGGUAUAAAACCUGCCCUGGGUGAGUCCUGCUUGUUUUGGAGGCUGCAAGACCUAUAAAGGAUGAAGACUUCUCUUCUUGUCGUGCUCAUCGUAACCCUGUGCACCGAGAGUGCUUUCUCCUUGACAUGUUUCACAUGUAAAGAUGCAUCUUCCAAUAUACAUUGUCUCAGUACAACCACAUGCUCUGACCAUGAGAAGUACUGUCUCACAACCUAUUCUACCACAGGACUCGGCAAUGACCGUAACCAGCGUAUUACCAAGAAAUGUUCUGCAUUUUGCCCAACAAUUGACCUGAAUAUCGGCAUAGCCGGUGUUGCUACUAGCUGCUGCGAGACUUCCUUGUGCAACAUCAGUGGUGCCAGCAGUGUGAAAACCAGCUACACUGUAAUAGCUCUGGGAGUCUUGGCCAGUCUUGCUUGCAUCCUCCGGCUGGGUUUUUAA